UCAUCCAUGUUUGUUUCGUAAACACCAUCCACCAGCGUCUGUUCGGCCAGUGAUUAUUUUUUCACUACUUCAGCAGCGUUAUUUCUCACGUUGGGACACGCGACACCGUGACCGAGUGAUUGAUUGAAUAUUUAAUCCCAAAAAUUCGUGUGUUCCAGUGUCCUAGUGUUUUAGUAGCAGAUUGUGCAGCAAGAAGAAGAGAAUGAGUAAGAAGAAAAAUAUGGCAAUUGACUUCCAGGAUAACAUGAUAUUGCUGACACGAAAAUAUCUGAAGCGUAAAAUAAUGUGUCCUGAGACUAAAUUUAGGCAUCAUGUUAAGGAACGACUACAUGUGUUAGAAUUAGUGAAACGUACCGUUGAAAUAGGUGAAAGUAAUUCUGCAUUGUUAAUUGGGCCUAGGGGUAGUGGGAAGACAACGCUCAUUAACAGUGUCCUGAAGGAGUUGUCGUCUUUGAAGAGCUUUAAGGACAACGCACUGAUAGUGAAUCUUCAUGGAUUAGUUCACACCGAUGACCGGUUAGCGUUGAAGGACACAACUCGUCAAAUGCAAUUGGAGAAUGUAGUUGGUGAUAAGGUUUUUGGCACGUUUGCGGAGAAUCUGUGCUUCCUUUUGGAGUGUUUAAAAUCUGGUGAUAAGAAACGCUCGAAGCCGGUUAUCUUCAUACUCGAUGAAUUCGAUCUGUUUUGUGAGCAUCACAAUCAGACACUGUUGUACAAUCUGUUUGAUGUCGCUCAAUCAGCGCAGGUGCCGAUAUGUGUGCUGGGGAUAACUUGCAGAUUAGACGUCAUAGAGCUGCUGGAGAAGCGAGUGAAAUCCCGAUUCUCGUAUCGUCAGAUAUUCCUCUUACCCGGCGACACUUCAACGGAGCAACCCACGUCUGCAUUCGACGAUCGCUUGGAGCUCUUUCAGCACCUUCUGAGCUUACCCGACGACGAGAAUGUAAAUAAGAUAGAGCAGCAAUACGACGAUUGCACGAUAGAUCCGCAAUUUGGAUCUAUGUGGAAUGAGUACAUUAAGAGUUUAACCACUAACGUCACGAUGGUGAAUCUGCUGAAGAGAAUGUAUCAUAUCGAUGUGAGCGAAAGACGCUUUAGAAAUUUUCUCGCGGUGGCUGUGUCGACAUUAUCCGAGAAACAUCAGAAAUUAGAAGUGAAUGAUUUCGUGGAGGCGAGCAAGAUCUUCUCGCAGGACGACAAGGUGCUGAUGCUCGAAGGAUUGUCCAUUUUAGAAAUGUGCUUGAUAAUAGCGAUGAAACAGGAGGCAGAAAUUUACGACGGCGAACCAGUGAAUUUCGAGACUAUUUACAAUCGUUACAUCAAAUUCGCAAAUCAGAAUUCCUCUAUACAAUCUGUUCAGAAACCGGUGAUCAUGAAGGCUUUCGAGCAUAUCAAGAACUUGGAGAUUUUGUCGCCAGUUGGGAAUUCGAAUAUGAGAGUCGAGAAGGAGUAUCAGUAUUACAAAUUCACAUUAACAUCGAAGCAAGUUAUGGAGGCUGUGAAAAAUUACCCGGGUCUUCCCACAGAAGUGUCUCAGUGGGCUGCGAGCAAUAUAUAAUGACGGUGUACUCACGAAUUCACGUGCACCAAACCUAUUGUGUUCCAUAAAGCUACACAGUACGUUUUUUUUUCUAUCUAGUGACGUUCUCGUAGAACAAGUUUAAAUAUUAAGGUGUUUUCUAUUAGAUCAAUAGACACGAUCAAUAGGUACUUAGUUUAGUGUAGUAGAAAAAAGAAAAGCAGUACUAAUCUCUUAAGUACAUUUUUUCUAUGUCGACCGUAAUCACCUGUUAUGCGUACUCGGUACGUGUAUAUUCAUGUUUUUAAUUUCAACGAUCGCCAUAAAAACGAAAUAUUAUGCCCUCCAAGAAACGUGUGAUACUAUAGUCUUAUACAUUUCAGAAGUGCUUAUGGAUCUUCCACUCUUACACACACACACAUAUAUAUAUAUAUAUAUAUAUAUAUAUAUAUAUAUAUAUAUAUAUAUAUAUAUCCAGUCCCCAUUUUUGCAGUAAUUACUGAAUCUAUAGUUCAUGAUAGACUUCUAAACAUCCUUUGUUUAGGAGAUCUUUGUUUGAACAGAAGAUCGUUCUGAACAAUGAAUAAUGAAAUUGUAAAUAUUGAUACGCUAGAAUGCAACGUCUGACUUAAAAGGAAAUGGUAUUUUGUGAAUAUGUACUAAAUGUGGUCUUCAGGGACAGUUCCUGCUAAUAUACAUAUAUACGAAGUAGAACGUCCGGUAUAAUCGUUCUUGGCAUAUAAAAGCAUCGAUAGAGAAUACAUAAAUAUUUAUGGAAAUAUUUUAUUUCCUAUGAAUAAUAUAUUAAUAUAAGCACUUUGUCAAAAAGUGUUACGGAUAAUUAGCUAUCUAACUGAAACAAUACCCGUGCCACAGACAGUGUAUCGUGUAAGAGUUUACUUUCUUUGUGAUCUAUCAUACUCAUUUAUCUCUGUGUCGUGUGUCUGUGUGUGUGCGCGCGCGUGCGUGUGUAUGUUCAAUAUUUAUUAGCGUGAAUGCGUAAAAAUUGGAAUAUCUAGAAUGUG